AUGGAAUUUGAGAAGGCAAAAGUUGUUGUAGGCGGUGAUUCUGGAGUUGGUAAAACAGCCCUAGUUCAUUUAAUUUGCAAUCAACAACCUCUUCUAAAUCCAUCUUAUACAAUUGGUUGUAGUGUGGAUAUUAAAGUUCAUCUGUGUAAAUCGGAUCCAACAAAAGAACGUCCAUACUUUAUUGAAUUAUGGGAUAUUGGCGGGUCGAAUGGACAUGCUAAUACUCGAUCAAUAUUUUAUCAAAACUUACACGGAUUAAUAUUAGUCUAUGAUUGUACAAAUAGUAAAUCACAAGCAAAUUUAAGAAAAUGGCUAUGUGAUGUAUUGGGAAAACAAAUUAUGAAAAAAUCAGAAUCAGCUGAUUUGGGAGGAGUCAGCAGUGGAGGAGGAGCAACAACAACAACAUCAACCGCAACAACAGCUGGAAGGAGUGGUGGUGGUACCGCUUUCUUAGUCAGCAGCAGCAGUAAUGGUGUAAAAGUCAACAUGACCACUAGUCAAAUGGCGAGUUUACUGCCUAUUCGUAGCACAGAGAACAAUAUAGUCAAUCGUUUCUUUUCACCAAUUGAAUCGCUAACAAAUAAUAAUAAUAACAAUAAUAUCAAUGAUACAAGAGAUCAAAUCUAUCCACCGGUCUUAGUAAUCGGUACAAAACUCGAUCUCCUUGGUCGACGUAGUCUACGAUCAUUGCGUAGAGUUACUUCACGUUAUGAUGAAACAACCGCAACGCCUUCGUGCAUGUUGUCAUCAAGCUAUCAGCAUCAUCAUCGUAAUGAAGGCGUGUCGCCUGAUAAUAACUACUCUUAUCCAAGUAUUAUGAUGACGCCUAAAUCGCGUAUCUCAUCUGUACAGUUUUUUGAAGAUACACCACAAUCAUCGUCAUCAUCAGCUUCGGUAGCCUCAUGGAAUUCAACAUAUCAACAUCAAAAUAUCUAUCGGAAUAGUAGUCAUCAUCAACUGACUACAGCAUCGGUGCCAAGUCCAGGCUUUCAACAUCAGCCACAAAGUCAGAGUGUUUAUGUAGAUUUAAGUGAUAGUCGUUUAUCGUCAAGUGUAUUAUCAUCAAAUAGUGGUUGUAAUAAUAAAGUAUGGAAUUUUGCUGCGGAACAAGGUUUUUCAGAAAUUCUACUGAACUGUAAUUCAGUCGCGAGUGUAAGUCCUGGUAGUCCACAGGAUGCUGUGCUGGAUCGAUUUUUCAACGAAGUGAUCAGCUAUAAAAAAAUGUUGUCAAUGUCAAUGAACUGUAAACCGAAAGUGAUUUCAGUUUACUAA